UAUACCCGUUCUGCGCCGGCCUCAAAAUGGCCGCCUUCUGGCGUAUCUGGCGCUGUUGAAUGGAAAAAGCUUUAUUGUUCCCUUCGGGCAGGAGUGUUCGUGUCCUCUAUGGCGCUGUCAAUAAAGAACGGCAGUUUGAAUCGGUGCUGAACAGAGAGGCAGUGGAUUUUCAAGAACACAGACCUCAGAGCCAGACUGCCUGAGUUUGGACCCCAGGUCUGCCACACACCUGUUGCAUGACCCUAGGAUCUAGUACUGAUCCCCACAAAGUUAUUCUGGAAGAAGCGAGGGAGAGAGCUCUUGGACAGAGCUGAUGCAAUGGAGCUCCCCAACUAUAGCCGGCAGCUGCUGCAGCAGCUCUACACUCUGUGCAAGGAACAGCAGUUCUGUGACUGCACGAUUUCCAUCGGUACUAUUUACUUCAGGGCCCACAAGCUUGUCCUGGCUGCCGCCAGCCUCUUGUUCAAAACCCUGCUGGACAACACAGACACCAUCUCCAUCGAUGCAUCCGUGGUCAGCCCCGAAGAGUUUGCCCUCUUGUUAGAAAUGAUGUACACUGGCAAACUACCUGUGGGCAAGCACAACUUCUCCAAAAUCAUCUCUUUAGCCGACAGCCUACAGAUGUUUGAUGUGGCCGUUAGUUGUAAAAAUCUUCUGACCAGCCUCGUAAGCUGCUCUGUUCAGGGUCAGGUGGUGAGGGAUGUCUCCAGCCCAUCCUCAGAGUCAUCCAAGAAGGAGUCAGAGAACCCUGAAGUAGAAAUCCUUUCCUCUGAGGGGGCUGGAGAACUUCAUUCCUCCAGGGAGGCUUCCAGCCCACAAGGGGGCCCUGUAAAAGGUGAGACGGAGGAAGCAAUCCACACGGUUGUGCAGGAGAUGAGUGUGGAUCCUUCCGCUGCCCAGGAGAUCCCGGGGAAUGCGGAGAGCCCAGCGGAGCCCCCCUGUACAGCUGAAGUCUGUUCCUCCUCCCCUGUCGUACAAAUGGUUAGCAAGGCAAAAGAAGCAUGCGCGGAACCAGAGCAUGAGGGGAAGCAUUACCAGCUAAAUUUUCUUCUAGAAAAUGAAAAUAUUUUCUCAGAUGCACUGUUGAUUACCCAGGAUGUUUUAAAAAGGCUAGAAGAAUGUUCAGAAAUUAAAGGUGCGCAGAAGGAGACCAUAAAGGGAUGUCUUGAGGGUGAAGAAGGACAAUCAGUAUUCCAGAGAAUCCUGGAUAAAGUAAAAAAUGAGAGCCUGGAGGUUCAGACUGUUGUGUCCCUGUUGAGGCUGUACCAAGAUUCUAAUCCUACAGUAAAGACAGCUCUGCUAGACAGAAAGCCAGAAGACGUCGAAGCAGUGCAGCCAAAAGGGAGCAUAGAGGAGGGAAAGACCUUGUCUAUUCUGUUACUAGAACACAAAGAAGAUCUGAUCCAGUGUGUAACACAGCUGAGACCUAUCAUGGAGUUCCUGGAAACAGCCAAGGAGGAAUUCCUGACCGGCUCUGAGAAAAGGGUGAUUCUGAAUUGCUGUGAGGGUAGAACACCCAAGGAGACAAUAGAAAAUUUGUUGCAGAGAGUGUCUGAAGAGAAGACCCUGAGUGCUGAGAGUUUGAUAAAACUCCUUCAGGCCGUGAAGAUGGCGUUUCCGAACUUGGGCCUUCUGCUGGAGAAUUUGCAGAAAUUAGCCACUUUGCCAAGCGCUGCAGUCCAAGCAAGCCCUGAUGAUUAUGGGAUUGAGCUGUUGAGACGGUAUCACGAAAACCUGUCUGAGAUUUUCACAGACAACCAGAUGCUACUAAAAAUAAUCCCGCAUGUGAAGAGUUUAGCCCCUGGAGAAAGAGAGGUCAUGGAGAAGCUUGUGAAACGUGACUCUGGUUCGGGUGGUUUCAGUGCUCUGAUGUCAGCCGUUCUAGAAAAGCAGACUCUCUCUGCAACAGCCAUUUGGCAACUGCUGCUGGUAGCUCAGGAGACAAAGACCUGCCCCUUGAACCUGCUCAUGGAGGAAAUACGAAGGGAGCCUGGUGCCGACACUUUCUUCCGGGCAGUGACCGCCCCAGAAAGUGCUGCCUUUGAAACCAUCCUGAGGCAUCACAGGUUGAUCCUCGAGGCCAUCCAACAAAGGACUGAGCCCACGUGCUCGGCCUCUGAGGAAGAGCACCUGGCAGAGACGGUGAAGGAGAUUCUGAGCAUUUCCUCCGAGACAGCCAGCCCUGAAGCUUCCCUGAGAGCAUUGCUGAGCAGAGCCAUGGAAAAAUCCAUCUCGGCCUUUGAAAUAUGUCAGCUCCUGUGCAGCGUCCACAGAACCUUCCCAGGCCUGCAGCCUGUCAUGCAGGAGUUGGCCCACACGGGUUUCCUUACUCGGGAAAAGGGGGAAAAGGAAAGAUGGACGACGAACAACAAAUUUCACCUUGAAGCCAAGGACAAAGCAGACGAAAAGGCAGCCGAGCCAGCCGAGGAAGACUGCCAGCCUGGGAAGCAGGACAGUCAAGGAGAGACUGGUUCAUUGCCAGAACAACAAGAAAAAGACACGUCUGCCUCCCCAGAGUCUGCCAAGAAGAGCUUCAUCUGUAAGGCCUGUGACAAAAGCUUCCAUUUCUACUGCCGUCUCAAGGUGCACAUGAAGCGCUGUCGUGCGGCCAAGAGCAAACAGGUGCAAUGUAAGGAGUGUAACGAGACCAAGGACUCGAAGAAAGAGCUGGAGAAACAUCAGCUGGAGGCCCAUGGUGCAGGUGGAGAGGGUGACGUCCCCAAGAAGAAGAAGAAGAGGCUUCCAGUGACGUGUGACCUCUGUGGGAGAGAAUUUGCUCAUGCCUCAGGCAUGCAGUACCACAAACUGACGGAGCAUUUUGAUGAGAAGCCGUUCUCCUGUGAAGAGUGUGGGGCAAAGUUUGCCGCCAAUUCUACACUGAAGAACCACCUUCGCCUUCACACCGGGGACCGUCCGUUCAUGUGCAAGCACUGCCUCAUGACCUUCACCCAGGCCUCUGCGCUGGCCUACCACACCAAGAAGAAGCACUCGGAAGGAAAAAUGUAUGCAUGCCAGUACUGCGACGCUGUGUUUGCCCAGUCCAUUGAGCUGUCCCGCCACGUGAGGACCCACACUGGGGAUAAGCCAUAUGUCUGCAGGGAUUGUGGCAAGGGCUUCCGGCAAGCCAACGGCCUCUCUAUCCACCUGCACACCUUUCAUAACAUAGAAGAUCCCUACGACUGCAAGAAGUGCAGGAUGAGCUUCCCCACGCUGCAGGACCACCGCAAGCACAUCCACGAGGUGCACUCCAAGGAGUACCACCCCUGCCCCACGUGCGGGAAGAUCUUCAGCGCCCCAUCCAUGCUGGAGCGGCACCUGGUGACCCACGUCGGAGGGAAGCCCUUCAGCUGCGGCAUCUGCAACAAGGCCUACCAGCAAUUGUCUGGUUUGUGGUACCACAACCGGACCCACCAUCCUGACGUGUUUGCUGCUCAGAACCAUCGAUCUUCCAAGUUCUCAUCACUCCAGUGCAGCUCCUGUGACAAAACUUUUUCCAACACUAUUGAGCACAAGAAGCACAUCAAAGCAGAGCACGCAGAUAUGAAGUUCCACGAGUGUGACCAGUGCAAGGAGCUCUUCCCCACGCCAGCUUUGCUGCAGGUUCACAUCAAGUGCCAGCAUUCAGGGUCACAGCCAUUCCGGUGUCUGUACUGCGCGGCCACCUUCCGCUUCCCCGGAGCACUGCAGCACCACGUCACCACCGAGCACUUCAAGCAGUCGGAGAGCACCUUCCCCUGCGAGCUCUGUGGGGAGCUCUUCACCUCCCAGCCCCAGCGGGACUGUCACUUGGAAUCUGAACACCCAAAGGUGCCAGGCGCCGAAAGCCAGGCAGCAGCCUCACAGGUGGUGCAGGUGAUCCAAACCCCAGAACCGGUGGCCGCGACAGAGCAGGUGAUCACUCUGGAGGAGACCCAGCUCGCUGGUUCGCAGGUGUUUGUGACAUUGCCAGAUUCACAGACAUCUCAGAGCAGCUCUGAGCUUGUGGCGGUGACCGUGGAGGACUUGCUGGACGGUACCGUGACCCUGAUCUGUGGUGAGGCCAAAAGGUUGAAGUCUGCUGCUCGCCGUGUUUACACCCCAGGCGGCUCCUGGCCUUUGUGUGGCUGGCCCCCUGCCGAGGGGGUUCGACCACGCACCCUCAAAAUACAGGCUGGCCGAAGACAGGCCCACCCUUCUUUCUAAGCACAUGUCACAUCACCAGGUACAGGCAGGGGAAGGGGGUCGACGUGGGUCACGGUUGGUACUUUUAUUGCUGCCACACACUGCUGGAAGGACAGGAGGUGGACCCCCACACUGGCCCGUGUGUCCGCUGGCUGCCCUCCUGCUCUGUGCCCGUCCUGCCUCCGGUUGCGGGCACAUUUGGUAUGCAAGUCACUUGAGCUUGGCAGCUCAGGUAUCUUCUCAUUCAGAAGUAAAUGAAGUUUUCAGAGGCACAGUGGCCUCAAAAGCCAGUAACUGACCAGAAGAUGGUGCUCAAACCUUUAAGACUUUGCCUCCCCGUGAGGCCCGCACUGCCUCUGCCAAGGCUGUCUCUGUCUUCUUGAGGUUUGUCAGUCCCGUGAGCUGUCAGACCAGCAUUGCUCUUGAUCUGUGAGUGAUGAGAUGGUCUGACUGCCCCCUCGGCACCAGGUAACACCCCCCGAAGGAGCGGAGUGGCUGCGCUUCCAGCGCACUGUGUGGAGGCCAGGCCCCGCACGGGCACGUGGCUGGUGGCAGUUGCAACGUCAUCAACACUUCCUCCAGGCAAAAACUAAAGUAAACUUAAAAAUAAUUGCUGGAGACUUGUAGAGAAAAGUGAUUUUUAAAAAGAUAAAGACAGCUGUAAGCUCUAAACCCAACUUUCAGAUCCUUUCAAGUUCUGAGAAGCCCCUUCUCAGGUUUCUGACGGCGACGCAGAUUGUGGCAGGACACUCAUUUUCCUCAGAAUCACCAGACUCGCAACGUCUCUUCCCAGGAGCAGACAGAGAAGUGGGACUUGCCGCUCGCUGCCCUCCUGCCCCACGGCCCAGCCAGCAGGAGGCACGAGCCGCGCUGCUCUCGCCUCCAGUGAGGGGAGGGACUGUCUGGAGUUGUGUAGUCUGCUCCAAGUGGCCCUCUGCCGGGGGCCGUGUCGGCAGUGAGUCUCCAGCGCCGCCUUCCAGAGACGCCCAAGUGUGGGUUUCGUUGGGGGAAGAUUGUCCUCCAGCUCUCCUUGGCCAUUUUAUUGUCUUCUUCCACUUCUGAGCAAGAGGCCCCCUGAAUUGCAGCCACAGAGGACGUUAUCGAGGUCCCCUGGGCACAUCACCUGCUUUCACAUGGCGGUGAUGUUCUCUCUGUCUGUCAGCGCCCUUCUGGCUUCACAGCUGAACCCUGGGACCUUUGCAGUGACGUGGAGGGGUCUGUGGGCUCCUUGGAACAGCUGGAUUUGUUCAGUGGGCUCCAACCCUCCUCUGCUCCCAGAGCUCAUGAAACAUCUGGUGGGGAGGGAAAGGCGGACAGAUUCCAAGCUGGAGCCUGCGUCUGUGGGAAUAACAGGGGUGACUUAGGAAUGGCGUGUGCCCGUCCCAGGUGAGUGAGAGGCAGCGAACAGAUGGCUCAAGAGCAAGGAUUGCCACAGAAAGGGGGCUGUGCGGGUGUGUGAGCAGAAGACAAAGGUCUCGUUUAUUCUAGGAAGCUUGACACUUCUGCCUCAGAAGCUUUGUGCUUGGAAAGCUUUGAGCCCAGCAAGUGCCACGUUCUGCGGUGCGAGUGCCAGGUUCCCCUGGUCAUUUAGGUCCUCUCUGAGGACACAGUCUGCCUCUCCCCUCCCACCAGCAUGGCCCGUGCUUCGGCUCCUCCCCCAGGGAAGAGCCCUGAUAGUCGGGGCUGAGGAUGAACUAGAUCCAGUCAAACAGGUCAAUGCGGAGACAAGGGCCCUGUUCUCUGCUCGUGGGCAAAAUCAGGGAGAAAGCUCAGAUGGGCCCAGAGAGCUUCCAUACGUUGCUCAUGGUGCGGCCCCCAUGGGCUGAUGACAUAGUGAUACGUGUGUUGGGUCGGGGUGCCUUUAAAUCUCAUGUGCCCAAGAUCCGCGAAUUGACUGAAGGAUAGAGGAACUGCCAGCCUUACGUAGACUGGUUCUAGGGGGCAAGCAGCAUUUCUGUUAAGUUGGGACUAGGAAGUUGGACAGCAAUGGAAAGAAUCCUGGGCCCUUUCAUCAGUCCUCCCAAGGGAAUUCAGCAGCCGCAGCCCCGCUUCACUUGCCCCUGUGUGUUGCCCUGGGAGGUAGGGAGGAAAUGGGAGUGAGGAAAGCUUUGGGGUUGAAGGGAGUGUUUUGAUGCCAUGGAGAACCCUGGGGCUGGUAGGACCUGGGCCAAAAGCUCAGAAGCACAGCCAGAACUCAGAAACUUGCUACACAUAUGGCUGGGGACUACAUUAUUUAAAAAAAAAAAAAAAAUUAUCCCUUGGGCUAAUUUAGAUUGCUUCCAGAUCA